CUCGAGCUAGCAACAACAUUUUCAGUAAAUUUUGGAACGUAAACUCGAAAACAGCUAAAGCGAAACCCAGGCGAAGUUUUCGACAAACGCAAGGGAAAAAAAAUAGAAACAGCGGCAAAAACUGCUCAGGAAAGUGCUUUGAACAAAUAAAGCUGAAGCCAUGUCGGACCGCAAGGCAGUGAUCAAAAAUGCAGACAUGAGCGAGGAAAUGCAGCAGGAUGCCGUGGACGUGUCCACCGCGGCCUUGGAGAAGUUCAACAUCGAGAAGGACAUUGCCGCCUACAUCAAGAAGGAGUUUGACAAGAAGUACAAUCCCACCUGGCACGUCAUCGUUGGCCGCAACUUCGGCUCGUAUGUGACCCACGAGACGCGUCACUUCAUUUACUUCUAUUUGGGCCAGGUGGCCGUGCUGCUGUUCAAGAGCGGUUAAAU